CACGAAACACGUAUCACAGGUACAAAUGGUACAGAGACUUUUGAGAAGCUGAUUCGGUUGAACGAAUGGUAGUCGAUGGGACAAUGUAGGCUUUCUAUGUAUAAUAACAUCCGUGGCGUAUAAUUUUUUUUGUCUAUUUUAUUUGAUUUGUCGGUGUUCGAUGUUUGGUGUUAGAGACGAUUAUGAGCAACUUUUGGCGGAAGUUGGCGAAGAGGUAAAUCGGGCGGCUUGAGGUGGUGAGGCGGCGUGCUGCUUCAGUAAGGUCGUUCCAUGGAGCGUUAAUAAACAUGUCAAAGAGAUGAAAACGGAUCCGGGUAGGUGAGGAAGAGGCGAUAUGGCGGAGAACUUCACGGAGCCUUCCUCCCUCAUUACCACCGAAAUAAACAGAACUACGCCGGUUUACACCAUCGGGCCAGAAUUCAUCGCACAAUGGAGGCAACGGCAACGAGAGAAAAUCUGCAAGACCGUCUACAGCGGUAUCCUGUCAUUCGGCGAGUGCAUCCAGGCCCUGAAUUCGAGCAACUUGUUGAAAUCCUGGGAUCCGCUCAACAUUUUAGGGAACGACUCGACCGUGGACUUGCUGGAUCAAAGCAACGGCACGAAAAACGGUUCGGGAUUUGCGGAUUUGACUUCCACUGUAACGCCUCCGCUGCCGCCGUUCGAACUGUGGCAAACUAUUUUAAUUGCAAUUUGUUUAGGACUGUGCAUCAUUUUGACAGUUGCCGGCAACAUUCUCGUCCUGCUCGCUUUCAUCGUGGAUAGGAACAUCAGGCAACCCAGCAAUUAUUUCAUAGCUUCCUUGGCCGCAACUGACAUGCUGAUAGGCACGGUUUCCAUGCCGUUCUACACCGUGUACGUCCUGAUGGGUUCCUGGGAUCUGGGUCCCCUCCUUUGCGACUUGUGGCUUUCCGUGGACUACACCGUUUGUCUAGUCUCCCAAUACACCGUUCUCCUCAUAACCAUCGACCGGUUUUGCUCCGUAAAAAUCGCGGCGAAGUACAGAAGCUGGCGGACGAAAACCCGUGUCGUCUGGAUGGUGACAAUCACCUGGAUAAUCCCGGCUUUGUUGUUCUUCAUUAGCAUAUUCGGCUGGGAGCACUUCAUCGGUUACCGCGACCUCCUGCCCGGCCAAUGCGCCGUUCAAUUCCUCAAAGACCCCAUCUUCAACACCGCCCUCAUCAUAGGUUACUACUGGACGACCCUCAUCGUGCUCUUUAUCUUGUACGGAGGCAUCUACAAGACGGCGUACGACAUGCAGAAAAAGAGCGAAGCUAAACAAAGAAAGAUGCAAUCCAUGGUGGCCCUCAGCGCUGGCGCCAUGUCAGGAAUGGCGGGCCGAGCCGCCGGGAUCGGUCUCAGCAAGACCCAGAGCACCCUGUUGAGCCAAGACAAACCGGCCACUGUAGCCGUCGCCGUCAACAACCAACUGAGCGUGAAAGACGAGUCUCGGACCAGCUCGAGCAAAAGCAGCACGACCACAACCACCACCACCACGACGGCAGACAGCAACAACGAGAGGCGCAACCUCUGUCUUCCCACCUCUCAGCUGUCCGGCGCCGAGCAGGACAAAUCCGAGCGCUCCAGCAGCCCCGCAUUCGAGUCGGACGAGGACAGCUCCGCCCACCAGGCGGCGAAGAAGCGCACGUCCAUCGUGGGCAUCGUGGUGCAGAGCAGCGCCCCCUUGCACAUGUUCGACAACAACAACCGGCUCAACGGCGGCAUCCCGCAGCCCGGCCAAUCCGAGAAGCGCUCCCCCACUCUGCCGCAGAUCGCCGAGCAGUCGCUGCUCGACACGUCGGUACGUACGCCCAGCCCCGCCCCGCAUGCCCCGCCCCCUCCAACCUACGACGUUCUCGUGGGCCUAGACGGCGCCGACUUGCGCUACAUGGACGAGAGCUCGGUGGUAGUCCCCUCCCCCGCGUGCGAGAGCCCGGCCUCCUCCCCGCCCACGUCUAACGCGUCUCUUCCGCAGAAGGCCAAGCGCCCGAAGAAGGUCAACAUGGAGGUGACGCUCAACGCCGACCGCACCGUGACGUCGGUGGUGAGCGAGGACGGCGCCGGCGCCUCGGACCCCAGCACCCCGUGCGGGCUCUCCGCCAUCAGCCAGACAGGUAAUGCCGCCGCCAUCAUGGCGGCGACGACCAUUGUCGAGGUGAGCAGGAGUAAAGCGUUUGAUCGCGCAGAGACGGACGACAACAGCCAGGCCAAGCGCGACCUGGUGAAGACCAUCGGCAAGAAGCUGAAGGGCAAGAAGAAGAAGGCCGUGGUGCCGUUCGGGGGGUUCGGGAGGCAGAAGUCCAAGUCGGAGAACCGGGCCAGGAAGGCGCUGCGGACGAUCUCGUUCAUCCUGGGCGCGUUCGUCAUCUGCUGGACGCCCUACCACAUCUUCGCCCUGGUGGAGGGCUUCUGCGCGGAGCCGCCCUGCGUCAACGGACACGUCUACAUGUUCUCGUACUUCCUCUGCUACGCGAACAGUCCUCUCAAUCCCUUCUGUUACGCUUUAGCUAACCAGCAAUUCAAAAAAACUUUCACGAGGAUACUCAAGGGCGAUCUGCACUUGACGUAAAACGGCGAUAAUCGCGGCUAGGCACUUUGUAUCCGAAUUUAUUAUCGUCUAUUCUUAUUCGUGCAUAGCGUACAUUCAGGUCAAUAAUUACCAAAAGACAAUAAUGUAUUUAUAGGAAUCCUAACUUAGCUCAUUAGAGGUACCACGCUGGUUUAAGCGGGACCCAAGCUUCGUUAUUAUAUUUUGUAAAUACACGCCUUUAGCUGAUUGGAGUUAGAUAUUCAUUAGCAAACGCGCAGGUUAUAGACAAAUACGUAAUUGUAACAUGUAAUAAUAAUAAUAAUAAUAAUAACAAUAACAGUUCGGGAAAUGUGGUACUGUAUAUAACUGUAAAUUUUUAUGUAAAGAUGUUCACGUGGUGACAGUCCGCUGUACUGAGCCCUACCAGCUCACUCUCAUCACGUCCGAUACCUUCUACCGUAAUUUAGAUGCAAACGACCAUUUUUCUAAAAAUGACAGUAUUUUUCCUCACAGUAUGUUAACAAAAAUCAACUUUUCCCCAUCGAAAAUGAUCUAAGUUAGAUCACCCUGUAAAAUAUUACGCUAUAUAAUAGUUCAGGAUUGUAACAGCGAUUAAAGGUACUAUUAUUUUUGGGAAAUUUAGGACGCGUUUGUGCUGCUCUACAAUAAAGAUAUAAGUGCAUUGUGAUACCUUUACCUAGCAUCUACAGCUGUACGACUGAGGCUGUUAGAAACUUACAAGUUCGAAUAGAUUCCCUUUAAAGUUAGAUCGACGAUGUAUUGUAGGUUGCAGCGGUGCAUCUUCAAAACUAAACCAAAAUUUAAUUAAAACACUUCUAACAGCCCCAACUUUGGAAUCUGUGCUUCUAAACGCAUUUACUCAUGUUAGUUUUCUUAUAAACAUUAUCACUAAGACCCUGUGAUAAAUAAACUUUCACAUAUCCUACAAACUGACUAAAAUCAAAAACCUACUCUAAAGACUUUCUACAUACAAAAUUUUGUAAUCAAAACAACAAACUCCCAGAAGGCGAAAUUUGUUGUUUCGAAACAUAAAAAGCUCUAUUGCUUUCAUAGAAUUUUUUGUAAUACUUAUUUCAUUGAAUCGCAUCUGAAAUAAUACUUGAAUCACCUUUCUGCUUGUAGAGAUACUCAA